AUGAAUACUUGUUUGAACGGAAAAAGAUGGAGUUUUUCUGAAUUAUUAUCAAACGAAAUUUCACCUUGGGAUGUUCUAUCAUGGAGUUCCGGUAUAGAAAAAGCAGAUGAUUAUGCACGAGUCUUCUAUAAUCGAUCGGAAAAUUUUGAAGACGACCCAUUCCUAUGCCAAUGUUUAGAAGGAUUUCUAGGAAAGAAAUGCGAGUACCAACUUCUCUUCGAUCCUUCUUCCUUCAACAAGGCUUGGCCAAUACUUUUCAAAGCGCACAGGAAUAGUGAAGGUCAUCAACUGUACGGUAGUAUAUUAUGCUAUGAGACAUUAAAAUGUGACUCUGGAAUGUUAUGUCUUGAUUGGAGAGAUGUUUGCAAUGGACAACAAAAUUGUAUGGAUGGACUUGAUGAAGAAAACUGUGAUUUAUUGGAAUUCAAUGAAUGUGAAAACGAUGAAUAUCGUUGUACUGAUGGAAUGUGUAUAGCAGAAGAAUAUUGGCUUGAUGCUUCACUUGAUUGUAUGGAUUGGACUGAUGAAGCAUUCGAUCUACAUGGAGAUACUUGCGUCUCUUAUCCGUGGCCUAUCUAUUGUGAUGACCAUACAUGUCCCAUAGCUUCAUGUUGGAAUGAUUCGUUCACUUUCAGUGGACGACCGUAUGCCUUUUAUGAUAUUUGUCCGAAUUCAAGUAUAUGUUUUUCACAAUAUCGAAUUGCAGAUGGGCUAACCGACUGUGCAUUAGGAGAGGAUGAAGAUAGUCGUGCAGUUGAAAAAAGAAAUUAUUGUCACAACAUUCAAAAGCAUCGACUCCAGUGUUCUCCAGAACAGAUGACUUGCUUAUCACUUGCAAAUCUGGUUCAAUUUCGAAACGUUAGAGGCACGUGUGUAAAUAAGUACGAUAUAAAAAUAAAAGGUGAAGGGCAAUAUCUAUAUAGUAUACGUUGCGCGGAUACUAUAGGCUUGAGCGACUGCAAUUUACUUCGAUAUUAUAUUGGCAAUUCAUCUAUUCCGAAUUCCAACUUUACAAAUACUGAUGCCGAAUCCAGCAGUGAACAGCGAUCACCAGGUGUAACUCCUUUUCAUUAUUACUGUGACACAUUUUGGGACGAACAACCACUACCCGAUGAUGAAAAUAAGACUAAUUGUCAAUCUUGGAUUUGUCCAGAAGAAUUUUUUCGAUGUAACACUGGCCAGUGUAUUCUAACCGAUUGGGUAUGUGAUGGAGAAUGGGAUUGUUCGGAUGCAAGUGAUGAAUUUGGUCUACCCAAGCAAUGGAUCAAUCACAAUGAACAUCUAUCCACCCAGUUGAAUGAUCGAAAAAAAUUAUGUAAAGCGAACUAUGCAGCAUUACCAUUUCGUGAUUUCUGUAACUUUAGUCGCGAAUAUCCUUGUUAUCGAUCAACAGUUUCCCAUCCUUUAGACGUCAACAAAUAUCCACCGUGCAUCAACCAUGUACAAAUUGGCGACGGCAUCGAAGAUUGUUAUGGAUGUAUUGACGAAAAGAAUACUUUCAAAGAUUGCAACGGAAAUAUGCUGGGAUAUACACUAAAAUGUGGAAACAAAUGUGCAGGUUCUUUACAAAAAUGUGACAAAAAUACAGUAUGCUCAACAUCUGUACUCUGUUCCUAUAAAAAUCAUCAUAUCUUUCACGUUAAUCCUUUGUUGGAAAUUAACAAACCUAUCAAACAUCGAUUCUAUUUACUUUAUUCUCGAUCCGAUACUUACUUAAAUCAUAAAAAAUCGCGAUAUUUCAAUCGUACCGACAUCCUUCAUGAUCAUCCAUAUGAAGUUUACUUUAAUAUCUUUGUACUAACUGAAAAUGCAACGAAACAGAUUGGUUCUUUCCUUCAUCCAAUCUACUUUGAUUUUCUUCCUGCCUUUCGUCUAGCUACUGUCUUAAAAUAUCCAUCAUGGAUCAGUAAUUCUACAUUUAAUCCCUGCAUUCCCAAUCCAUGUAACGCAAAUGCUUAUUGUAAUCCAAUUCUGAACAAAAUGCGAUAUUAUAUAUGUUCAUGCAAAUCAGGCUAUAGUGGUUCGAAGUGUGAGAACUAUCAUACCGAGUGUUCGAUUUAUUGCAGCUCUGAUUCCAUUUGUCGACCAAAUUAUCGCGGUGUGAUUGCUAGUACUCAGCAUCCUCUUUGCAUUUGUCCUUUUGGUUAUUUUGGUCCUCGAUGUCAUCUUCGAAAUGACGCUUGUCUGUCAAAUCCAUGUGGAUUGAAUGCAACAUGUUAUCCAUCAUAUGAUCCUAGUGGAGAAAAUAAUGUCAUUUGUGUAUGUUCGAAACGGUUUUAUGGUGAUCGAUGUCAGAAUGAAAAGUUAAUGAUUCACAUUCAAGUAAAUAUGUCAGCAUUGAUAACAGUGAGCGUUACCCAAUUUUACGAUCAUUUUAAACUAUUUAACACACUUUCUUUAUCUCAUCAACAAGUGACACAUGGGUUGCCACAAAUAAUUCGCUAUGAUAAUGACCGAGAAAAAUUCCCCCUUAUGGCUCUAUUAAAGAUUUACCAAGAAAUGUUGAGUCCAAGAUAUUUUAUUGUUUACGCUCAAUGGCUUACGGGACCUAUUAAUAUAACUUCAACACCCGUAGAAUGUCCACAUGUUUUAGACAUAUUUUCUCAAGUAUGUAUAACCGCUGUGAUUCAAAGCAAGAGUGAGCAACAGCAUCAUCAUCGACGACAGUUAUUCGGGAGUAGUACAUCACGUAUUCCAACUAGUGGUUAUCGAGUAGAUUCCUACAAGGUUUAUUUCAAUGGACAAUUAGUUGAAGGUCUCUCUGCAUCGUCAUUCAAAGAUCUUGGUUACGGUUAUGGAAAAGAUAUAAUGCAUGUAUUUUUUAUGGGCAAACAAAUUAAAGGUGCAUCUGGUUCGUCUUUUCAAGUUUUGGCUGGUGGGUGGUAUUCAAAAGAUUUUAUGGAUGUUUACUAUUGGGGUGAAAAACUACCAGGUGCAUCUGGAAGUUCAUUUCAAGUCUUAAGCGGCCAAUAUGCCAAAGAUUUUAUGGAUGUUUUCUAUGCGGGAAAGAAAAUACAAGGUGCAUCAGCUUCAUCAUUUAAAGUAUUAGGCAAUGGUUAUGCUAAAGAUUCAUGGGACACCUAUUAUAUGGGAGAGAAAGUACACAAUGGUUAA